UGGAUGUACCCUUUGGCUGACUGAACGCCAUGUGACUCUCAGUCUUGGGGACUCUUCCUCCCUGCAAGGCUGCCACUCCAGCUCUUCCCAUGUGUGCUGGUGCAUGCAUUUCAUGGCUUCAGAUAGUUCCAGGUGGAAUCGGCAACCUUUGAACUUCUAUUGGUCGGAAGCAACACCAACCAUGAGGCUUGUGCCAGGGAGUGGUUCCCUGUCUCUGUGCCUCCUGGGGCUUCUGAUCUUGCUCCUUUGCCCACCCAGCCUGCACGGCUGCAGUCCCCCGCCUAGGAUUGCACACGGGCACUAUACAUAUGUCAGUGGCUAUCUAUCGCUCACCACCGUCGUGCAGUACGAGUGCCAGGAAGGAUAUGCUCUUGUUGGAGCAGCUGAAAUCUCCUGCCGGUUUUCAGGAUGGUCGUCUCCAGCUCCUCAGUGUAAAGCUCUGUGCCUAAAACCAAAGACACCCAAUGGAAAGCUAUCCGUUGAGAAGGAUCAGUAUGUCAGCCCUGAAGCUGUCACCAUCCAGUGUGACCCCGGCUACAGGAUGAUUGGUUCCCCGCGUAUCUCUUGCUCAGAAAACAGAUCUUGGAACCCGGCUGUGCCCAAGUGUGAAAGGGAAGCCCCUGAAGACCGUGAUAUAGUGCUGGCAGGCAAAAACCUCUUACAGUGUCUCCCAAGCCCAAGGGACUCAAAAGUAGCCCUGGAGUUACAUAAACUGUCUCUGGAGAUUGAAAAACUGGAGCGAGAGAGAGACAAGGAGAGACACAUUUAAUACAAUACACCUCUUUUUCUGAGAAGAUAAAGGAUUUGCUUUUCUGGACAGUUCUAGAGAGAAACCCUCAGUUUAUCAACUCCAUUUAAGCUUCGUCACUUAUUGCAAUAAACAACGUGGGUGAAACUUGUUCAUAUGUACAGCGACCCUGGAAUGUGGAAUUAUUGAUAAUUUAUGUCAUUAUCACUCUGCUUGCAUUUUUACACUUCUGGAUUUGGCAAGUCAGCUAAAAUAAAUAAUCACCUAU